UCUGUGGUGUUGCUCGUGUCUCGAGACUGAUUUCUCCCGGAAGUGGGUGGUUAAAAAGUCGCCACACUCGGUCACUGCUGGCUAGCGAGCGAUGCUGCGAUGAAGGAGAGUCUCGACAUUAUUGGUGCUGACAAAUAUCCAACGACAUAUUUCUGAAUUAAUUUUUAAUUUUUAAGAAAUUUGUUGCGGUGUAUCCGCAGAAACCUCGCAUAAACUCUAACGGAAAAAGCCCAGACACCCCGCUGCCAAGAUGAUGGAAGAAAUUGACAGAUUUCAAGUGCCGACUGAGGCAGAGAUGCAGCCUUUUGAUCCAGCAACAUCAACUACAUCAGAGGCUGACUCAGAUACCAGGGAGAGUGAGCCUGCCACCCUAAACUAUAAACCUUCUCCCAUCCACAUGAAGAUAAACAAACAAAGAGAGCUUGUUAGAAAAGGAUCACUGAAAAAUGGCAAUGUUGGAAGCCCUGUCAAUCAACAACCCAAGAAAAAUAAUGUGAUGGCCAGAACAAGGCUAGUGGUUCCCAAUAAAGGCUACUCUUCUUUAGACCAGAGUCCAGAUGAGAAGCCUUUAGUUGCUCUGGACACAGACAGUGAUGACGACUUUGACAUGUCUAGAUAUUCCUCAUCAGGAUACUCGUCAGCCGAGGUGAGGUCUCUAAGGGAACAGCAGAUAAACCAGGACCUGAACAUUCAACUACUUAAAGAUGGUUAUAGGCUGGAUGAGAUCCCUGACGAUGAAGACUUGGACCUCAUACCUCCCAAAUCUGUCAACUCAACCUGCAUGUGCUGCCAAGCCACCUCCUCCACUGCUUGUCAAAUCCAGUAAACCCCCAUUUCUCUCCUCCCUUUGCUCCCUCUCUAUCUCUCCCUAUCUCUUUUCAUUAAUAGUCUCAGUCAAGACAUCUAAUCAAUAUUAAGGAGGGAAAUGUACAGUAAAUGUUAUGCUGAACAUUGUGUACAAGAAAUUGUGAACACACACAACAUAUUACAUGUACACACAUUUAGUCUAACAUAUGAUUAUUGACAUGACUACUAUUGGUUGCUUCCUCCUAUGGCAGGAUAUGCAAUGUUUGCUAAUAAGCUGGGAGAGUCUGCUCACUUGCAUCUCCUAUCCAGCAUUGUGUUAUAAGUGAACGUAGAACAAAUAAAGCAUUAAACUGGCUUUAAUUGUGAAUUUAAAAAAAAACAACAACCUGAUGUUACAGAGAGUUUGAAAUAGCUUAUCCACGGAAUUCUCUGCUUUCAUGUUUCACUCAUUGCAUUAACUUUGUUGUUACGGUACUUUUUGAUUUUGAUAUGGAACUGGUUGGAUGUUAAUAGUUAGUGGCUGCUACUGAGGCUACACUUGAGUUUGUUCCUGUUUUGCAUGUUGGUGCGUAUGUACUGCAGCACUAACAGCAGCCUUCUCUGGCAUGCACCUGAGCGUCACACUUUGUUUUGUUUACUCCAUUUAAAAGCUUGAUAUUUCACGCAUUUAUUUGUCACAUUUGAAUCUAGACUGGAUUACAGAUGAAUGAAAAGAAUGGAAACAUUUCUUUAGAGUGACCCCUUUAGUUUUACCAGAUUGGACAUGUCAAGGCCUCACAGUAAUGUGUCACCACAGACCUAAGAUGAUAAAAUUCUCAUAUGAACACUAAGUGACUGUCUCUCACCACAGGCUUUCAAAGGUUAGAUAUUUAAAGCUCCUGUAAGAUUAUUUAUGAAGUAUUGUUUUAUUCAGGAUGAUCUGAUCAGCUGAUCCCACCAAAGAAUGUUAAUGUUCCUUUUCGUGGAAUCAUAAUGUGCUUUCUGUCCUUUAUUAUUUCAGAAUAUCAGAAGAUCAAAGCAUAUCAUUGAAAUCAGUUGAAUACUUUCUCAAACACUUCGGGCUGUUAAUAUACACACUGUUUGAUGCUGGUCUUUGGAGCUACAUAUAGAAUGUUAACAUUGCUAAAAUGAUCAACUUUCCCAGCCUGUGUCACAUACUUAAUUAUUAAAUAUGUUUCAUGCUGUCAGUGAUGACACUGCAAUAUUUGGGUGUUCUUUUGCACUGCUCUUCAACAUUCUAUCCUUUUUCAGGUUAUCUAUACCCUGCUAUUGAGCUUUGAAAG